GCGUAAAGUUGUGUUGACAGGGGCGGCGGCAGCGGCAGGAGUUGUCAAAGGAACAGCAGCAACCAGCCUCAACGGACCCGAAUGGAGUAAAGUAAAAUCUGUCAUUUUAGGCCGCGUUUGUGUUAUAGCUCCCAAGAAGCGCUUUUACACACCACUGAGGAAACAAACAUGGCAGACGAACAGUCCACCCAGUCCUGGACCAUUAACAGGGAUGACUACGAACUCAACGAGGUGAUAGGGAGUGGAGCCACUGCAGUUGUUCAGGCAGCAUACUGCAAGCCAAGAAAGGAGAAGGUGGCCAUCAAACGCAUCAACCUGGAAAAGUGUCAAACUAGCAUGGAUGAGCUCCUGAAAGAGAUUCAGGCUAUGAGCCAGUGCCACCAUCCAAACAUUGUGUCUUAUUAUACCUCCUUUGUGGUGAAAGAUGAACUGUGGCUGGUGAUGAAGCUGCUCAGUGGUGGCUCCGUGUUGGACAUCAUCAAGCACAUCAUCUCACGCGGCGAGCACAGGAACGGAGUGUUGGACGAGGCCAGCAUCGCUACGAUCCUGAAGGAAGUCUUAGAGGGGCUGGAGUACCUUCACAAAAACGGACAGAUUCAUCGAGACCUUAAGGCCGGAAACAUUCUUCUCGGAGACGACGGCUCAGUGCAGAUAGCUGACUUUGGUGUGAGUGCCUUUCUAGCCACAGGGGGAGACAUGACGAGGAAUAAGGUUCGGAAGACGUUUGUUGGGACGCCAUGCUGGAUGGCGCCGGAGGUCAUGGAGCAGGUCCGUGGCUACGACUUCAAAGCAGACAUCUGGAGCUUUGGGAUAACCGCUAUCGAACUGGCCACUGGGGCCGCGCCGUAUCACAAAUACCCACCAAUGAAGGUGUUGAUGCUAACUCUGCAGAACGACCCUCCUUGUCUGGAGACGGGUAUUGCGGACAAAGAAAUGGUGAAGAAAUACGGCAAGUCAUUCAGGAAGAUGAUCUCCUUGUGUUUACAGAAAGAUCCAGAGAAAAGACCAACGGCUGCCGAGCUGCUGAAACACAAAUUCUUUACGAAAGCCAAGAACAACGAGUACUUGGAGGAAAAGCUACUGAUGAAAGGCCCCACAAUAUCAGACCGAUCUAAAAAGGUGCGUCGCGUGCCCGGUUCGAGUGGCCGCCUCCACAAGACGGAAGACGGCGGAUGGGAGUGGAGCGACGACGAGCUGGACGAGGAGAGCGAGGAGGGAAAAGCCGCCGUGGCCGCCCUGAGGUCACCCAGAGUGAAGGACGGCUCCCAAAACAUGGAGCUUUUCCCGCCAGCAGAUGGCGCCACCACGCAUCUGCAGCCUCCCGGAGCUGCACACGAGAGACCAGCAAACCUGGCUGCAGCAGGAGACGAAGCUCCGCCGCAGGCUGCCACCCAGCCGGCGAGCCCUUCACACGGACCUGCGGUUCAGGAUCCUGCAGCCUCCAGCGUUCCCAUCAGCCUCGUCCUCAGACUGAGGAACAACAAGAAGGAGCUCAAUGACAUCCGUUUUGAGUUCAUGAGUGGCAGAGACUCUGCUGAUGGCGUCUCUCAGGAGAUGGUCUCAGCCGGUCUGGUUGAUGGGAGGGACUUGGUCAUUGUUGCUGCCAAUUUGCAGAAGAUUGUUGAUGAUCCUCAGAGUAACAAAAAUGUGACCUUUAAACUGGCAUCUGGUGUGGAGGAGUCCGAAAUUCCCGACGAUAUAAAGCUGAUUGGAUUUGCGCAGCUCAGCAUCAGUUAAGUGGAGCAGAGUUGGCGAAAUAAGACUGAAACGUAUGGGUUUUGCACAGCUGCAUUGUAGUCAACUCCAAGGACCCACUACUGCCAAAGAGAGGAGACUGAGGAUGAUGAUGAGGAGGAGGAGGAGUGAGGUUGGCAGGAGUGUGACUCUACUGCAGGAUGCACGAGGACCACACCAAGGGGCUCAGCUCAUCACAGGAACCACACUUGAAAUGUUUACAGUGCGCUUAUAGAGUUUAACGGGAGAGAAAAAUGCAAUCAACUAUUAUCAGCUCCUAAUUUGUUUUCCUUCUAGUCCUCCUCCGCGUACACAAGCACAAUCCAAACCAUCUCCUGCCAGUACUGGAAACUGAUGGCCUUUUUUUUUAAAAUUGUAUUUAUUUUUUCUCUCUUUUCUUUCUGUUUUUUAAAAUCAGUUUGUGCCACAAAGCUCGAGAGUGUCGUGCCACUGUCACGCGGCGCUUUCUGCUACACUGAAACUGAAAGUUCAGCCUUAGCUACCGUAAACUUCCCUCUCCCCCGAGUGUUUGGUAAACGAAGAAAUUACUUUCUUCAUAAAAAAAAUAACAUAUCAAAGAAAUCUAAGAGUGUCCCUUGAAGUUCGAUACUGUACCUAAACGCAUCGCAGCAAAGUUCUCGGAUCCAGACUCCUGUACGAAGCGUCAGAAAUGGUGUAAAGAAUCGGAAAACAUCAGCAAGGAUUUCAGCACUGUUAAAACUAUUCUCAUGUGAGCAGCAGCGGCUUCAAUUCUUUUCUUUAUCUUUUUUAUGAAAUACUUUAUCAACUGGUAUUUUCUGAUGUAGUGCACACAGGUUUAUUUUCUCUCACUGAGCUCUGCCUAAUAUUCUUCUUCUAUGCAAUAGUGCUGUCUAUUUCAUCAUAUUUCACCACCGGUUGCUGUUUGUUGCUACUUUGUUUUUGCAUAAAACUGCUAUAUUUAAAAUUUUUUGUGCGUGCGCCUCCAAAAAGGAGUUCAUCAAAGGUCAACCAGCAGAAAUAGGCAUCUUUAGGAACCUGCUGCAGAAAGUUACAAUACUAAAAACCCGACUCAUCAACAGUUUGACGUGUAGGAUGAUUGCUAUCCAUUUUUUUUCCUGUAAGAAAUAAUUCAACCUUGUGGCAACUGAUGACCUGACAGCUGCAGAGAAUCCUGAAUGCUGGUGACGGGUGUCGAGUCCGAGGUGACUCAUGUUACACGCUGACUACGAGUGAACUUCUGUGGAGGCAUGCAUGCUCAAAACCUGGAAAUGUUCUUCCAAAGUCAAAUAAAGCUUAUAGGGGCAGCUUACUCUCAUAUCUGUUGGGAUUGUCCUUUUCUAUGCAGUGGAUAAAAUUUUUUUGUUGUUUUAUUUUGAAGGUCUUUCUGUACUUCACUGCAAUUUAGCUGCUACCACAUACAACGCAAAUGAAUACUGAGUCAUGGCUGUAUACGUGAAAUCUGGUCUACACUUAUGGGAAACUAGUGUCUUUAAAAAACUAGUGACAUGUCCUAACAUACCUGAGUAGCAACAGGAAUUUAUACCCAAAAUGCAGAUGUACAUAACGUUCAUACUUUUAACCCUCCCGCAGUCUGUGACUGGUUACAUGCGCUUUUACGAGGCAUUUUUUUGUGUGUGUGGUUCUGGGAACUGACGGUCUGAUGGAACAAACCUUCCCCACUGUAGGAACAUUUGCUGCGUUCCUCCCGAGUGUCGCGCUAAAGCUAGGUUCAUGGUGAGGCUUGCAUGGGGGGAUGCGUGCCUAACGUGUUCACCCGGCGCGCUGCCACGGCGCCUUGUCGCACACCUCUUUAUUUGCGUGCAGAUUGCGCUCGUCACCUUGGAGGUGCUGCUGCAGAGCAGGUCGCCCUGCACUGGCAUGUAUAUAAACCCUUUUAUGGAGGCUCAUUUUAGGAGAAUAUGGCGUCAACGUACGAGUCGACCUUAAACUCCAAACCGCUGGCUUGGCUCACGAGCGCUGAACGUAAGCUCCACCUUCCAGACCGCGGGAGGGCUAAAGUAUCUUGCCUGUCCUCAAACUGUUAAUUUCCCAACAAAAAAAAAUCCUAACUUCAGUCACUAGACUGUAUCAAAGCUGCAGCGUGUGUUUUUGUUCUGUGCCUCUGCGAUGUUUUCUCUGGUUUCCGUAUCAACCAGUCAGUGUUGAUGUUCAUUUAAAAGCCCCUGAGUGCCCUCAUCAACUUACUGACAGGGACAAAUGGGACAAAUUUGUUAACUCCUUCUGUGCAAAAAGCAUAAACUCAUUUUUGUAUCUCUUUCAUUAACAGAAAUUGUUGCAGAAUUCUAUUCUGAAUAGUCCAGAAAAAUGCAAACUUUAAUUUGACUACAUUUAUUCAAUAAAAAAAAAACAAAAAAACAAUUGUUGGCACCAAUAAAAAGUUAGUCUAAGCAUUUUUUUAAAUUUAUCUUUACACUUUUAAGUUGAUCAGACUUUUUAGGAAUUUUAUAUAAUAAUCUGACUUUUUGCAUCUCUGGGGUGUAAAUAUAAAAUGACCGGAGAUGGUAGAAAAAUAUAAAUGCGAUACGUUAUAUGGAUAUCGCCAAUAUCGACUCCAGUACUUUAAGUAUGAUGCACCAUCAAACCUCUGACCUUUAGAAAUGUCUGUGGUUUUUCCUUUUAAUUAUUUUUAUUUAAACCUGCAGAAUUUUGAUAAAGUUUAAAGGUGUCUACAAAAUGCGUUAGUAGCAUAUUAACAUGAAUAACAGAAACAACAGAAAAACAAAAGAUUUGUGUGCAUUGUUUAUCAAUAUAUUGUUUAUCCUUUUAGGAAAAUCAAAGCAAACCUUUUGGGUUUGUUUUUUUUUUAGAGUUAAGAAUUUACAAUGCAAUUUCAAGAAGGAAUUUAAAACUAAAGUAUUGAUCUUUCCAGGCUAGUAUCGAUUUGAUGCGAUACCAACAUGGCAUCGAUAUUGAUAUUUUGGAUCGCUCCACCCACUGGAUUCAAGCCCAGAUCCUCUGACAGGCCGGAGGCUCUUCUCUACAUGUUGGUCUUUCAUUUUGACACACCUGGAGUGUUUGUUGCCGUAAAGCUCCCAUCAUUUCAUGGUUGCCUGUGUCACGUUGUAUUUAUACCCCCGGUAAUUACUUACUACAAUUGGAAUACUUUUUAGAGGUUCCUGGAAACUCUGAUCAACUUAGAAUAUAAAUAAAAAAAAAAAAAAUACUUCGGUCACAAUUAUA